AUGGCCCGCGGCCAGGAAGCUGUCUCUUUUGACCAGAUUAUCAACGCUGAUCGCCAGAAAAAGAAAAAUGAAGAACUUGCAAACCGAAUCUUAGGGAAAAAUCGAAGGUCGAGCGCACCCGGCCCGGGCGCUGGGAACAAAGCACAGAACGCAGCAUCGGGGAGCCUUGCGAGUCGGAUUGGCGUGGCUAAGCGCUCGACUCCCGCAACAAACCUCAAGACCAAGAACGCAAAACGAGUCCCGUCUGCGCCCGUUCGAGGAGGAGGUGCAUCGCAUCAGAAGCGCCGCCCCGAUGAAGAUCGUCUGAUGUCGGCUCUCAAUCCGACCAGUGGACAAGCAUCGAUCCGGGAGGGACCGGUUGGAAUUUCGAUCAAGGGAGCCUCGGGGCCGUUCGUAGUCAUCGGAAGCAACUUUGCGCCCGGCACCACCGCCGCAGAUAUCCAGUCCACAAUCGAGCCCAUGUCGGGAGAGAUCCUGAAAUGCUGGGUGACAUCGCACGAGCCUACUGUGACCGCGGAAAUUACCUUCGCCGAGAAAUGGGCCGCAGAUAACGCAAUCGCUAACCUCCACAACCAGAGGGCGGAUGGCCUGGUUCUUUCCAUGCGGAUGAAACCAAUGGGUGGUCCCAAGGCGAAGCGCGACCUCUUUAGCCGGUCGACUGGCUCGGGAUCCCAGCACUCUCCCUCCUUCAACGAUCUUCGAGAACAAGCAGACCGUGAGCGUCGUUUGCAUCGCGGAGCUGACACUACCGGCCAAAACGGAAACUAUGGAUUUGGCGAGCAGAACGGGGAUCUUUUCGCUCAGACCGAUACUCGGAGCACCGGUCGCAAUAACCGACGAAACUUCAGAGGUCGUAACCAAGGGAGAGGUGGGAGAAAUACGAACCAGGACGCAAACGACCAGGGCCUCUACAACCUGUUUGCUAACCACUACUCUCGUAAGGUAACCGGCCCGAUCCCGAUUGCGGCUUUCAUGCGUCAAGCCCUCACGUCCCCCGAGGGUGGCUAUUACACGACUCGACCCGAAGGCGAUGGGGAAGUGUUCGGUAAAAAAGGUGAUUUCGUCACGUCGCCAGAGAUAUCUCAGGUUUUCGGAGAACUAGUCGGUGUGUGGACAAUAGCAGAAUGGAUCGCGCAGGGACGGAAACGCAGCGGGGUUCAAUUGAUGGAAGUUGGACCGGGCAAGGGGACAUUGAUGGAUGACAUGCUUCGUGCUCUCAGGAACUUCAAGACGUUUACUUCGAGCAUUGAAGCGAUCUAUCUGGUGGAAGCUAGUCCUACGCUUCGAGAGGUCCAGCGACAGCGACUCUGCGGCGAUGCCCCCAUGGUGGAAACUGAUAUCGGCCACAAGAGCACCAGCAAAUAUUUCGACGUUCCGGUGGUCUGGGUGGAAGAUAUCAGGUUGUUGCCUCAUGAUGAAAGCAAGACGCCGUUCAUAUUCGCACAUGAAUUCUUUGACGCCCUCCCAAUGCACGCCUUUGAAUCCAUUCCUCCUUCUCCGGAAAACACCCCCCAACAGAAGGAAAUCAUGACGCCUACUGGCCCCAUCAAACUGAACGACCCGCCGAAGCCCGCCAACACCCCCCAGUGGCGCGAGCUCAUGGUCACCUUGAACCCCAAAGCCGUGGACGAGAACCAGGCUGGCGAACCCGAAUUCUCUCUGACGUUAGCGAAAGCAUCGACCCCGUCGUCUCUUGUCAUUCCCGAGAUCUCCAAACGGUACCAAGCGCUCAAGUCCCAGCCGGGGUCCACCAUUGAAAUCAGCCCGGAAAGCCGCAUCUAUGCAUCGGACUUUGCACGAAGGAUUGGUGGCUCGUCGCAACCCCCGCGGACCGCUACUCGAGGGGACUCCUCCGCUCCUCCGGCAACCGCCAAGCGUGUCCCGUCUGGUGCGGCUUUGAUCAUGGACUACGGAACCCUGUCAACGAUUCCCAUCAACUCCCUGCGCGGUAUCCAGAAGCACCAGAAUGUACCCCCACUUUCGUCCCCUGGACAGGUCGAUGUGAGCGUCGACGUCGAUUUUACUUCGCUGGCGGAAGCAGCUAUCGAAGCAAGUGAGGGUGUGGAAGUGCACGGUCCUAUGGAGCAAGGAGACUUCCUGCAGGGCAUGGGUAUCGAAGAGCGCAUGCAGCAAUUGCUCAAGGGCAUCCAGGACGAGGAAAAACGGAAAACGCUAGAAAGCAGCUGGAAGCGAUUGGUCGAGAAGAGUGAAGGCGGCAUGGGCAAGAUCUACAAGGUCAUGGCCAUCAUCCCGGAGAACAGUGGAAAGCGUCGUCCUGUCGGAUUUGGCGGGGGAAUCUAG